UUCCACCAAAAAACAAACUAGGACGGAUUUUUCUAUGCUCUGUUAGCUCAACACUUUACAAAUUGAUAUCACAAAAAGAUCUCUCCAUAAUCGGCAUUCUUCAGAAAUUGCAGCUCAUUCUGAAUACAAACGAACAGGUAAGUUUCCAAUAAUGGACAUUACUUUGUCAGCUUAUCGCAACACAUCAUCAUUAGUCGAAAACAGCCCACAAUUUUCUCAAGAAAGACAUUUGCUUUCUGGGUCUUAUUUGGUAAAUUUAAGGAAACACAAACCACAUGCUUAUGGACUCACUUGUUCUUUUGUUGAACAAGGAUUACACCCAAAACCCAAACCAAAAAAAAGUAAUUAUGAUGUAAUAAAGAAAGAUACCCAUAUCGAAGAAUCUCGAAAGAUUAAUGGGUCUAGCUCAGGACUAUGUGGGCAGAUUGAAAAAUUAGUACUUUGUAAGAAAUAUAAAGAUGCACUUGAAAUAUUUGAAUUCUUGGAAAUGGAGUGUGAGUAUGAUGUUCAUGUUGGUAAAAGUACUUAUGAUGCUUUAAUCGAUGCUUGUAUUAGUUUGAAAUCGAUACGAGGGGUUAAAAGGGUGUUUGGGUAUAUGAUUAAUAGUGGGUUUGAGCCGGAUUUAUAUUUACGGAAUAGGAUAUUGUUGAUGCAUGUGAAAUGUGGGAUGAUGAUUGAUGCGCGGAUGUUGUUUGAGGAAAUGCCUGAGAGAAAUCUGGUUUCUUGGAAUACGAUAUUGGCUGGGCUUGUGGAUUGUGGGGAUUUUGGUGAUGCGUUUAGGUUGUUUUUGAUUAUGUGGGAGGAGGAAUCGGAGGCGAGUUCAAGGACGUUUGCUACGAUGAUGCGUGCGUCUGCUGGAAUGGAGAUGAUAUAUCCAGGACGGCAGUUACAUGCUUGUGCUAUAAAAAUGGAUGUAAGUCAAGACAUAUUUGUGUCGUGUGCACUAAUUGAUAUGUAUAGCAAGUGUGGAAGUAUUGAGGAUGCUCAAUGUGUUUUCGAUGUGAUGCCUGAGAAAACAACUGUUGGUUGGAAUUCGAUAAUUGCAGGCUAUGCCCUUCAUGGUUAUAGCGAGGAGGCUUUGGAUCUCUAUUAUGAGAUGCAAGAUUCUGGUGUUAAAAUGGAUCAUUUCACUUUCUCGAUGAUAGUGAGAGUGUGUACAAGAUUAGCUUCAUUAGAACAUGCCAAACAAGCACAUGCUGGGCUUGUACGUCAUGGUUUUGGGCAAGACAUAGUUGCCAACACUGCACUUGUUGACUUUUAUAGCAAAUGGGGAAGAAUUGAAGAUGCACGCAAUUUGUUUGAGAAAAUGCUUCAUAAGAAUGUUAUAUCAUGGAACGCCUUAAUUGCUGGAUAUGGUAAUCAUGGCCGUGGAACUGAAGCCUUAGAAUUGUUCAAUCGAAUGAUUAAUGAAAGAAUGAUCCCAAAUCAUGUCACCUUUCUUGCUGUUUUAUCAGCUUGUAGCUAUUCGGGUUUAUCAGAUCAAGGGUGGGAGAUAUUUGAAUCAAUGGGCACUGACUUUAAGGUAAAGCCACGAGCCAUGCAUUAUGCAUGUAUGAUCGAGUUAUUAGGCCGUGAAGGCCUCUUAGAUGAAGCUUUUGCUUUGAUCCGAGAUGCACCAUUCAAGCCUACAGUCAAUAUGUGGGCUGCGUUGCUGACAGCUUGUCGGGUCAACAAGAAUCUGGAGCUCGGGAAGUUUGCAGCUGAAAAAAUAUAUGGGAUGGAGCCUGAAAAGCUUAGUAAUUAUGUUGUUCUUUUAAACAUAUACAACAGUUGUGGAAAGCGUGAAGAAGCUGCUUCUGUUUUCCAUACUCUUAAGAAGAAAGGUUUGAGGAUGUUGCCUGCAUGUACCUGGAUAGAUGUCAAGAAACAGCAAUUUAUGUUCCUGUCUGGCGAUAGAUCGAAAUCCCAUGUUCAUAUUGUCAGGAAUUUGAAGAAAUUAAUGUUGGAGAUCGGUAAUCAUGGCUAUGUUCCAAAGAUAAGCUCUUUGCUUCCUGAUGUGGAUGAACGGGAAGAACAGAUGUCACUGUAUCAUAGUGAGAAGCUUGCAGUUUCUUAUGGGCUGAUUAACACAGCAAAUUCAACUCCGUUGCAUCUUGUGCAGAGUCAUCGGAUUUGUGAUGACUGCCAUCUGGCACUAAAGUUGAUUGCUAAAACAACAGAACGAGUGAUUGUUGUGAGAGAUGCUAGUAGGUUUCAUCGCUUUGAAGAUGGGAAAUGUUCUUGUGGUGAUUAUUGGUGAAUGAGAUUCCAAGCUCCUGCUAUGAUUUCUUUCACAUGUAUUUAUAUAACAAUAUUAUACAAUGUUGUAUACCCCAAUGUUAGGAAUUGUAGUCAGUUUGUUUUGUAGUUCAUAAUUACCAGUAAAUAGCAAUCCAUGAGCAGUUGUAAUUUUAUAUGUA